GCGCGUUCCCUGUGCACGGUACUGAAAGAUUUCAGGCUUCCACCUCUCCAUAUUUCUUUCCUCCGUCUCUUUCCUUGCAUUACCUGCCUAUUUUCUUGUUUUCCGGCCUUUUAAAUAGAUGAAUUCUAAGGGAGUACCUUCUUCUUGUCCCGUAUUUGGGUAAAAUUAUUCCGACAAAAUGGAAAAGGGAGGAAUUCCAGAGGUCGAAGGAAAAGGAUAUUUAAAGGACAUUUCAGUGACUGGAAAACAAGAUUUGAUUUGACUGAUUUUUUGGGGGGCUUUUAAAGGGCGAAUUUUAAGGAUUUAAUGCGAAACACCGUUUUUUAUUCGGUCAAAGAAACACCCGGGUCUCCAUACUUAAGGAAUAUGCUGAAACACCUCAUAGCCAUUUCAAAUUAAAAUUAUUAUUAUCAUUAUCAAGUGGAAUAUCGUCUUUGGAGAUGGAAAUGAUGAAGGAUCGAGUUUUGGCCCCCGGUAAGGAGAGACUGAGGAAUCUGGCGGGGAAAACCCUUGGACACAUGCACAGGGUGAUGGAAAAAAAGCAGAAAACGAGUGAGGUUAUCGAGCUGACGGAAGAUGGGCGGCCCACACAUAUUACGGAGAAGAAAGCGCCGCUGUGCGACUGCACGUGCUUCGGUCUCCCGCGCCGGUACAUCAUCGCGAUCAUGAGCGGCCUCGGCUUCUGCAUCUCAUUCGGCAUCCGCUGUAACCUCGGAGUCGCUAUCGUGGAUAUGGUCAACAACCACACGGUUCACAUUGGUGGCAAGAUCAUAAUCAAAGAGAAAGCUAAAUUUAACUGGGACCCUGAGACGGUGGGAAUGAUCCACGGAUCGUUUUUCUGGGGUUAUAUAGUGACACAGAUCCCAGGAGGAUAUAUAUCCUCACGGCUGGCGGCCAACAGGGUGUUUGGUCUGGCCAUUCUGCUCACAUCAAUGCUCAACAUGUUCAUCCCAUCUGCUGCGCGCGUGCACUAUGGCUGCGUCAUCUUUGUGAGGAUACUGCAGGGUCUCGUCGAGGGUGUGACCUACCCAGCAUGCCAUGGGAUUUGGAGCAAGUGGGCUCCACCCAUGGAGAGAAGUCGCUUAGCAACAACCUCUUUUUGUGGUUCAUAUGCUGGUGCUGUGAUCGCUAUGCCACUGGCUGGAAUAUUAGUGCAGUACUCAGGCUGGUCUUCCGUCUUCUAUUUAUAUGGGAGUUUUGGGAUGGUCUGGUACAUGUUUUGGAUUCUUGUGUCCUACGAGAGCCCAGCAGAUCACCCCACCAUUACAGAUGAAGAGAGAACCUACAUCGAGGAGAGUAUUGGAGAAAGUGCCAAUCUGCUCGGGGGGGCUGAGAAAUUCAAGACACCCUGGAGGAAGUUCUUUACCUCUAUGCCGGUCUAUGCAAUCAUUGUGGCCAAUUUCUGCAGAAGCUGGACCUUCUACCUGCUGCUCAUCAGUCAACCGGCGUACUUUGAGGAAGUGUUUGGCUUUGAAAUCAGUAAGGUCGGAAUGGUCUCUGCUCUACCCCAUCUCGUCAUGACCAUCAUAGUGCCGAUUGGCGGUCAGCUUGCUGACUUCCUGCGCACUAAAAAUCUCAUGUCCACCACCAACGUCAGGAAAAUGAUGAACUGUGGAGGGUUUGGAAUGGAGGCCACUCUUCUGUUGGUGGUGGGUUUCUCUCACAGUAAAGGUAUGGCCAUCUCAUUUCUGGUGCUAGCAGUUGGAUUUAGCGGCUUUGCUAUUUCAGGAUUCAAUGUCAACCACCUAGACAUUGCGCCAAGGUAUGCCAGCAUACUGAUGGGUAUUUCUAACGGGGUGGGCACACUCUCUGGUAUGGUCUGCCCUCUCAUUGUUGGCGCCAUGACGAAAAACAAGACACGAGAAGAGUGGCAGAACGUCUUCCUGAUCGCCGCGCUGGUGCAUUACGGGGGAGUCGUGUUCUAUGGGAUCUUCGCAUCAGGCGAUAAGCAGCCGUGGGCAGAUCCAGAGGAGACCAGCGACGAGAAGUGUGGCUUCAUCGAUGAAGACGAGUUAGCGGAGGAGACUGGUGACAUCACACUGAGCCAUGCUCCAUUCGGGGCCCAGAGUGCACUUGGGGGCCCCGCCAAAACAUAUGGGGCCACGACACAGCUGAACGGGGGAUGGGCCAAAGGCUGGGAGAAAACUGAUGAAUAUGUCCAAGAGGAAGCGGGACAGGCGUAUAGAAGAGACGAGUACUCGUAGAUAAUUCAAUCAGAGAGUCUUAGUCCAAACCAAUUUGGAAAACAUUAUCGGGGAGGGGAAUACAACAGACAGUACAUAACGUAUUCAGAGAGCACAUUUAUUAUUAGAAAAUACUGAUCAUAAAGUCACAAUAUAGAAAUAUAGAAGAAAUAUAUAUGACAAAAUCAAUUUAAAGACUUGAGUAGAUAGAUGUUUAUUUAAAGAAAAAUAUUUAUGUUCAAAUAUUACUACAGAAUUUAAUUAACAGACCAUAUUUACCAUAAUAGCACAACAUAUCUUAACUCAAAGCACAGGUUUUUGGUUCAGUAAGGUGUCGUCCACUAUGUGCUUUAGUAGAUGAAUAGUUGUUGAGUUUAAUAGAUCUGAAGCAGAUUAGAGUAUGUUAAUCCGUAGUUUGUUCAAAAGCGUUUCAUGUGGACGAUUUUUUUUCUCCUCUGGUUUACAGAGCCCUUGGAAAAUAUGCAAAAUUUGGGUUUUUCAACUAUUUAAUAUAGUAUAAACUCAAAACUACAAAGAGUGCUGGUUAUCAUUAUGUACGUGUACUAUAUUACACAUUAUAAACUGGUCCCUUUCUUGGGAUGUAGAAGAUAGAGCAAAAUAGACAUUAAGCAAAAUAGACAUUAAACAAGAAAGAAUCUAGCACAAUCUUACAAAGCGUAUAAUCACUGAAUAUGUGUAUUAACAUGCAUAAAGUAAAAUGUAUUGAUGAACCUUUAAAUGUCCUAAAAGUACACUUGAGAACAGCCUUGUUCAAAUCUUGAAUAAAUCGUGGCACAAAACAUAUUUAGUUCAGCUAACCAUCCAACCAUUCAAAUGUGUGAAACGUCAUUGCUUGGCAAUACAGUCUUGUAUUUUCAGUGGUAUUAAGCUGGUCUUCAUUAAAAAAUGUUUCAUUCUAGACAUUUUCUGAUAUACUUUGAUGCACUGACACGUUAGUAGGAAAAAAUAUCUUUAGUAUGUGUUUUACAUGGAUUUACUGUUUCUGUGAGACUGUGCCGCUGGGUUAGUGAUAUCUGUGCUUACUGUUCUUAUCGGGCCAUAUUUACUGUAUCAUAGAAACUGUUACAAAAGUGAAGCUGUCCAUCUAUACAAGAUAUAUUGUGAUGUCGAAAGGUGGCAUUUCAUAUGUAAGGUCAAAAAAAUCCUAUUUGGGGAUUUGCUGAUCACAGCAAUGUAUUUAACUGUUGCCAUGCAAAGCAAAAAAAAAGUUAGAAAGCUUUAAUAUGUGAGUAUCAUAAUAACCUGUCUGGGUAAAAUUUUACUGCAAAUAAUUAAAUAACAAAGCAUACAAUAAUACAUAUUAUUUAUAGAAAGUGUUUUGGAUUAUUGUGAUUUCAUGAUGGGAAAUAUGACCUGGAUAUUUUUAUGCAGGAUUCGCAGUUAUACUGAUCUAUUCCUGACUCAACUAAUGUUGUUUUCAGUUUACCAGCACUAAAAUGAAAACAAUUUAUUAAGAACACAUGCUGCAAUAAUUUAUUGGUUACAUCAUGCAUUUUGAUAUAUUUAUCUAAAUCUACACAUGAAUUGUGUCUAGCUGUUUACAUGGCCAUUUUAAUGGAUGGGGAAUUCUUAUUGAAACAUCACAAUCAGCUUAAAGUUGUUAUGUUUGUUGUUCAUGGCUAAAGAUUCAUGGACAUUGUCAAAUGUUGGAAUCUGAGCCAUGCUUUACGUUUCGAAACUCACCUAGAUGUCUAGAUGUUUUUUAAAUUUGUGUAUUGUGUGAUGAACAUCACAAACCUGAAGCUCUUUUCAUGGCCUCUUGCCUGAUAUUGAAGUGCACAAGUGAUUGUUAUAUUCUAUUGUUGUGUCAAACAGAGCGAUUUGUUGAUGUCAAAAAAGUGUUAUACUGUAUGAACUGCUUAUUGUCAUUUUAUAUACAAUUAUUCAAAUCAAGACGUUAUUGUGUCUUAACUAUCGUUUUUGAGACAGGUGGACCAAACAUUUAAAGGCAAUUUUCUGGUAUUGAAAAGAUAAGAGUUGAUGUUAUUUAUAGAGUGUGAUGUUUAUUUUUGCAUGAUAUAGUCAUUAAAAAUA